CUCUCUUUCCUCUUCUCCGUCUUUGUCAUACUCCUUCCCUUUCGCCGUUCUGGAACCAUCUUUUCCUUGCCCCUCUUUCUCUCUCUCUCUCUCUCUUUCUCUCGCUCUCUCUUUCUCUCUUUCUCUCUUUCUCUCUUUCUCUCAAUGCAGUUGCAUUCUCACCCAAGGACUCAUUUAACCUUGGACUACUCUCCUCGAUCAACCCCAAUACCCGGUUCGUUCUCGCAGCAGGAUUACAUCCUUGAUAACAGCAACACCUCUGUCGCUAAUAACAUUAGUGACAAUAGUAAUAUUUACAACAACAAUAGCAACAGAAUCAUCAACUGCAGUUCCUCGGCACGACUAACGGUCGUUGACGAAAAAAAUAAACUGCCGGAAAUUUCAUCUAGUAGUGCUAUGCCCAGUACACCAAGCGGUUUGGGCAUUAAAAGUACCAGUCAAAUUAAUCUCCUGGAUAACGAUAUCACUAGCAAUAGCAACAUUAAUAAUAAGAAUAAUAGCACCAUUAUUAACUGCAACAAUAACAACGACCACUUCUAUUACAGUGCAAGUAAGACCAUUGCUGCUGGCAACAAUAGUAACCACUUGCGCUUCCACCAGCAUCGCCUUGACAAUAGCAGUAACACCGUUCCAAGUCAUAGACAUAAUCAUAGCCAUAGUAGCCAAAGCUAUCGCCAGGAUAUUGCUAGCACCAGGGACGCAUUUCUUUCUAACUCAGACCUGUCCAUGAUCACAGACGACGACGCCUCGUCUACUGCCAGCUUUCACCAAAGGCCUCGUAAAGUGAGUAAGGCAGGGUCUAUGCCCUCGCCACUCAGCGGAGCUUUAUCAUCCUUCUCUCCAAACAAAAACAUUAGCACAAACGCUCUCUCGACUCUUUCCUUCUUCCCUCCUUCUGGUGGCAAAAGCUCUACUACCCACAAUAACAACAGCACCAGCACCAGUAACAGCAACAAUAAUAUCAAUAAUAGCAUUGUCAGUAACAGCAACAGCAAUAGCACCAUCAUGGACACUAAUUCAAAAUCCUUAUCACAGCUCCGUGUUCGACACUUGGAACAAUAUUCGACCUAUGCAGGAUAUCUGACAAAGUUUUCAUCCAGGACUUUUUUCUCUCGUAAACAGUGGAAGCGCCGGUACUUCAUUCUUAGUGAAAAAUCACUUUAUUGUUUCAAAUCUUCUGAUCCUCAGCAUUCGGUACUCGAAUCCAUUGAACUUUCAUCCGAGGCUAUUAUAUGCGUCACCGAUAUGUUUGCAGGGAAACGCUAUUGUCUUCAAAUCUCUGCUCCAGGCGAAAAGGCUUGGUAUGUACUUGCUGACACUGCUUCAGAGAUGUCUGGCUGGCUCAAGGAGCUCAAGAAUGCCGUACAACGCUUCAGGAACAAACAGUCAGAAGGAGGACAUGGCGCACAUUUUUCAGAUAUGUCCGAGGUCUCGGACAUGUCUGGUACCUCAACGGUCAUUCGAAUGACUCCUACCUCCGCCUUAGCUAAUCAAUACGAUUACAUGGCCAGCACUACGAGAUCUCUUCCUGCAACAUUACCAUCUUCUGCACCUGGACGCCAGGGUCACCAUCCCUCUGUCUACUCUCAACUCCCACAUCAACAAGUGGAUAACUACCAGGGGCAAUCUAUUAGCCUUAAUCCUCCACCGCGGUCCAUCUCUCCAAAGCCUUCAACAUCAACCUCUGGAACUGAUCCUCAACGAACUGCUGGAGGCGCACCUCUACAUGGCUAUAAGGCAUCACAGGGUCAGUCGACAGAAUUGGCGCGAUCCCAGCAGCCGCAGCAACCAGAGACCAGGAGAAGGAGAAACAGCUCUCUCUCAUCAGGUCAGCCUGUGACAGACUAUGCUAGUUUUGGGACGGUUAUGCAGCAAGCAGAGGCCAUGGCAGAGGAGCAGAAGGAGUCCCCAUCGUCCUCAUGGUCAAUGCCCACAAAGACAGUUAGAUCCUUAGACAGAUUGGACACCAACUACGCCACACUUCCUCGAGCUAAGCGUGAGUCGACGAUGCCAACACAGCCAACUUUAGUUUCAGCCCCUUUGAGCCAUAGAGCAUCUAUGGUUAUGGAACAGUCGGAUGGCUCGAUAUCCCAAUCCGUAACUUUACGGAAUGUACAGAGAGUGAAUGUGACUAACCAACAGAGGCCCGCAAGCCCUACUACCUCACGACCCCUGAGUCCCAGUAUGUCAAGGACAAGUCCGAGGAACUCCCUUGUGAUUUCUCCACCGCCUCGUAGUAUUCACCGCCCCAUCAGCGUCUCUAUGAGACACUCGACACAGAUUCUACCCCCUCCACAAAUCGUGACCGCUGGUCUUCCAUCUCAAUCCCAAUAUGUCUCCACACCGACAAAUAGCAGUCCCCUUCGAUCUAAUCCACCCACAGCCAGCUUACCGCCUACCCCAGGACCGAGUGGAGAACAAAAUAACUCCACACCACUUGCACGUAUCACCAGCGUUCGACACCAACGGGAUCCAAGGAUAGGGCUCUAUCGACACAGUGUUAUAAAUGUGGGCUCGAAUGCUGGUGCUGGUUCACUUGGUAAUGGGGAUAGUAUUCAGGGACAUGUGCAGCGCAGUUCAUCCAGAGCCAGUUUACUCCGAUCUGGAUUUUCUUCGAGAUCACUCGGUUCAGCUGAUCUGAUAGGCUUGAAUCGACCACUCUCUCCAACGCCGUCUCUAUCAUCUGCUCCCACACUUCCUUUACCGGAUCCUCCAGGACCAAUAUCCACCUCUCCAAACAAGUCUACAGCGUCUGUAUCUACAUCUUCGCCUACAGCUGUGACAACAUCGUCCACCGAGCCCUUUCGUCGUAAUUCCACUGUACCACGUCAUCAUGAGCCAGAGCUCCCAAUCCCAAAUCGUUCUAAAGCGCGCGUCCGGGCACAGUCCCAGGAGGCAGCAUUGCUCGCUGCGGAACUGGGUAAUUUGCAGCUCUCUCGCCGAGCAACGAGCCCUUCACCUAGGCUUGCAGCAAUAUCUACAUCUAAUCGAGACCGGCAGUCGAUGAUUGUCGUUGGAGAGAGCGGUAGGAGCAAUGGCAAUGACAAAGGCAAUGGCAGUGGUAACAACAAUGUCAAUAGUAACAAUAGCAAUAGCCAAGGUGGACAUAGCAGACAAAUGUCACUACCCAUCCACACCAUGUACGCAUUGCCUGCUCCGCCCGCUGGACAGGCACCAACACAUCCUUUGUCCUCAACACCUUCAGGAUCGCCCCCAUCGUCAUCUAGACCCCUGUUGCAAAGACCUUCCGGAUCUGGUGUUGCACUUCGACCAAUUUCAUCUGUAAUGAAUAAUGUAGCGUCUUUGGGCGGUGGGAUUGCUAGAAGACCCUCUACUACCAAUGCUACUGCUGCUGCAACUGCUUCGAAGCGAGAAUUAGCUCUGGCGUCUAGACUUUCUGCUUUGAUCGCAUUACCUCCGGGACCCACAACGACUGUGCCUCUGCCUCCUAAGGGGGCUCUUCCAGCCCCACCUACGACGGCAUUGCCCAAGAAGCCAAGCGAAGUUUUAGAAGAUGAGGAGGAGGAUGAGAGAAGAGAAUGGGAGAAGUGCCCGAUCCAAGCGCCCAAACGUACAGACUAGUUUUAAUGCAAUUCCAGAGGAAGAAGAGGAAGAAGAGGAAGAGG